AUGGCUCCUAAGGUUUUCAUUCUCCUCACUCUCUUAUUCACGGUUGCUGUUCCCAUCUUUGGGCCGGGCAACGGCCCCAACGGUGCCUAUGGAUUUCCGGGCGGAUUUCCAGGAGGAGUUCCCGGCGGGGGAUAUCCAGGAGGAAUUCCCGGCGGGGGAUAUCCAGGAGGAGUUCCCGGCAGGGGAUAUCCCGGAGGAUUUCCAGUCGGCGGAUUUCCAGGCGGUGGUUAUUAUCACGGCGGCGUAGUUGGGUUUAGUAGUUGUUACUUUGGGUGCUGCAUGGUCAGCUACGAUGGGUUAGCCUGUGAAAAGUGUUGCGAUUAUUAUGGUGAAGCCAUUCAUGAACCCAUGUCUCACAACAACAACAACAACAACUGA